CUCUCUGCUUUCUCUCUUCCAAAGUCCAAAAAUGGAGAUGGGUUUGGUUUUCAAGGAUUCAAGCUGGUGGCUCUCACUCUUCCGGUCUGCUUUGGAUACCAAAACCUUCUUGAUGUACGUUUUCUUCUAUCUUCUCAUAGCCGUCGUUUCUCUUGCUCUUCUCACUCGGGCUUUUACCGUUGCCGGCGUUGCAUGGAAAAAAGGAAGGAACCGAAAAGCAAUAUUGGAAACUGGAAGCUUUCUUGCUCCUUUUGAUGAAGCUUUAAUUUUGAAGAACAAGUCUCAAGAGAUUGAACCAUAUUUAAAUGGACGUUCAAUAUAUCUGGUUGGAAUGAUGGGCUCUGGAAAAACAACAGCGGGGCAGGUUCUGUCUCAAGUACUUGGUUAUUCCUUCUUUGAUAGUGACUCAUUAGUGGAGCAGGAGGUUGAUGGAACUUCUGUAGCUGAUAUAUUUAAGCUUUAUGGAGAGGGUUUCUUCAGAGAUAAGGAGACUGAGGUAUUGCAUAGGCUGUCUUUAAGGCGUUAUAUUGUUGUUUCUACUGGUGGAGGUGCAGUCAUACGGUCCAUCAACUGGAAAUAUAUGCGUGAGGGAAUUAGCGUCUGGUUGGAUGUACCUUUGGAGGCCUUGGCAGAGAGAAUUGCUGCAGUAGGAACCAGUUCUCGCCCCCUUUUGCAUCAUGAAUCAGGUGAUACAUACAUGAAGACACUGAAGCGUUUAUACUCUCUUUAUGAAGAAAGGGUUGAAGCAUAUGCUAAUGCGAAUGCCAGGGUUUCCUUAGAAAAUAUUGCAGCCAAACUAGGUCAUACAGAUGUAUCAAAUCUCACGCCAACUGCUAUAGCAAUUGAGACGCUGGAACAAAUUGAGGGCUAUUUAUAGGAAGAGCGGUCAGACGGUUUUUGCAAGGUUACAGUUUGGGAAAGCUCCGAAAUAUGGUCCUAAAAAUUCUCUGUAAUUGUGCUUAUAGCUGCAAUUGCAUGUUAUAAAUUCAGGCAAGCCAAAAAAAAUGUGAUUGGAUUUUGUUUGCAAUUGGGCAUCGCAUGUGCAACGUUUCAAGUUUUAGUGGUGGAUCGUGUCACAAGCUAUGCAUUUAAUUCGGCGUGAGUGGAGUAACUGCAA